CAACCGAGCGGCUUCAGGCUUCUGUUGCAGAACCUAUAAAGACGUGCGCCGAGGUGGCGUUGUCAACCUUAUUACUUUGCCCGCUCCAGCUUGAGCUCCUCGGGAUCCACCGGCCGGCACAAUACUCGUCUUACUUAUACUGUGAUUGAUUCACCAACUUUUCGCGAGUGGCGCGUUCUCUCUCGGGUUAAAAGGUGCGCCACUUCGUGCCAUUGCCUGUGCUCUGGCGUCGCGGCCUGGGGCGGCGCGGGUGGCGAGAAAGGACCGGAAAUGUCGGUCGCAAAAAGCUCGCAGAUGGCCAACUCGGCAAAGACGGGAGGCUGGCGCGGGGCGCCACGCCGGUUCGAAUCGCGCAGGCGGUCGAUAUGCGGGUCAGUAACGGAGAGUGUUACGGUAAGGUCAGGGUAAGGUCAUGAUUGUCCGUGACGUCCACAUGCCCUUCUUCAUGAGUGACGAGGGCGGCGAGUCGCUUUGUGCCUGCCUACUGACCGAAGCCACGGGUCAGCAGCGGGGGGGUCGCGGGUUGGAAGGAAGCGCCUUGUGCAACGGUUUGUUUGAGUGCAUGCUGCCUGUGUCCUGAUGUGGACAGUGUAGCGUCGGGCUUAGGAACAGGUGUUUCGUUAAACCACUUAAGCAAGCGGGUCUCCCAGAAGCCCGCGCAACGCGCGGGCGAACGCUAGUCUUCCUUUGGCGAAGGAGGAUUGAGAGGCUCAGGACCUGUGUGUGAUUGAUCUGUGUGUGUGUGUCACAGAUCAUGACGGCCGACUGAUUGCUGCAGUUCAAGUACUUUGAGCAGGUGAGGGAAGGCGAAGAGGCGUAGGAUGGCGUUGAAACGCAUUCAUUCUGUUUUCUUUCUCGUCUGCAGGUGCUCGUGGCGGGUUCAUUGAGGGCCAAGCUUGCGACAUCUGCAUCGAAGACAUGGUUGACCGCAGCACUGCCGACAUCGUGCUGCGGCAGGAGCUGGACAUCGUGGAGACCCUCGUCCCCGCCCCUCCAGUUCGACGUCGACGCCAUCCUCUCGGGCAGCAACCAAUCCCUGAUGACACUCAUAAAGAAAAAGGUUGCUCACAGUGCGUGAUGUGAGAGGUUGGUGGUUGCGUGUGAUGCUAUGGUUUGCUUGCGCAGGCUACCUCCGCGGGCUGGCGUGACGACCCUGCUGUUGCUGACGCCAUACUCGACAAGUCUGGUAGGUCGGCUGCAUGCAUGCAUACACUAUAACACACACACGUGGUUGCUGCUUGCGUGUAGGUGCCUGGCCCGCUUCACCUGCGAAGGCCGGUUCUCCUCUGAAGUCCGCCGCUGUCUGCUGCCACGGGUGCUCAAAAAAGAGGCCGGAAGUCAUCCGCACCUUCCGGAUAACCUACAAAUGGCGGGCGGACCACGAGAGCAGUAUAUGGCGUGCGGUAUACUGGACGCAGGGUGCUGUGCGACAGCACUGACCUCGGCAUCAAGAUGGCCAUCAGCCUCAUAUCCGACCUGGCCACGUCGCUUUCGAGCGACACGAUUCACGCGUCGAUACAAGACCUGGGCGACUUUCUCAUGGGGACCACUCAGUCAUCAAACAUAGCCGGUGGAUAGCAGUGCUGGGUGAGGUGAUCGGUGUCGGAAUGCAGCACACGUGCUUCUUGCAGGCUCAGGUGUGUGCAUUGCGUUUGGAGUGUCAGCGAGACCAGCAAGACGCCGCCAAGGCCAAACAGCACGACGAGAAGUUGCAGAAGGGAAGCCGAGAGGUACGCAUCGCGGGAAAGAUGGAAGAGGGGGCAGAAAGGCUGUGUGUCCGUCAGGUUGCGUGCGCGGAUAGCCACGACAGCGAGCCUGCCGAUCUCUCGUUAGCGACGCAGACGACGCUGAUCAGCAUACAGAUGGUAUGCGUCUCCUGCAGCAGCACCACCUGCAGGUGGGUAUGACACUCACCACCGCGCACAUACACCCGACACUUCCUGACGCUCCUCUUCGGUUCAGGCCGUCGCGGAGAACGAGCACGUGAACGAGCGCGUCGUUGCGGAGAACGAGCGCCUCCGUCAAGAGCACAAGACUUUAAAGGACAGUCGAACAGCGCACACACAUGGGGACACGGACACAUAGAGCCGUACACCGAGGAACGGGGCAAGCUGGGUGUGAGGCUACUGCUCUUACGUUGUGUCGACGUGCUGUGUGUGUUGUGCAGCUGAACCACCCGUCCAGACAUCUCAUACAAGCGGACAAUGCAUUUCAAUGUGUGUGAGGAUCGACCCAUUUCAUGUGUGUGUGUGUGUGUGUGUGUGUGUAAAUACGUGUCCAUCGCAA